GGGCGGCUGCUGCUAACGCUGUUCUCUCACUCUCACUCCCUCCCUCUUCUCUGUCGCUGGCUCAGUGGUUAAUCAGAGACUCAGUUCCUUGCUGCUCCUAUCAGUGUGAGAGGAUGUUUAAUUCCUGCCGCUGUCCUGGAGAGCUCACAGACUCCCUCCAGCAUUGGCAGGACAGUGACCACGUGGCAGUUUUCCACAGGGGGCGCUAUUUCCGGCUGUGGUUGUACCAGGCAGGACGCCUCCUCUCUCCGCGGGAAAUCCAGAGCCAGAUACAGAAGAUCCUAGAUGACCCCUCGCCCCCCCAGCCUGGUGAGGAGAAACUGGGGGCCCUGACUGCUGGAGACAGGUACUCGAGAGUGAGCUGGGCUUGUCUCUUCCCUCUCCCUGUCCAGUACGUCUUGGCCACGGACUGCUUCCAGCUGGGCUACAGCGAGGAAGGCUUCUGCAAGGGGGAGGUGGACCCGACGCUACCCGCGCCCCAGCGGCUGUCCUGGGACAUCCCGGCCGAGUGUCGGGAGGUGAUCGGCCAGUCCCUGGCCCUGGCCCAGGCUCUGGCGGAAGACGUGGAUUUCCAUGUUCUCCCGUUCCGGACGUUCGGAAAGGGCCGGAUCAAGAAGUGUCGAAUCAGCCCCGACGCCUUCAUCCAGCUGGCCCUGCAGCUGGCUCACUACAGGGACAAGGGCAAGUUCUGCCUGACCUACGAGGCCUCCAUGACCCGCCUGUUCAAGGAGGGCCGGACGGAGACGGUGCGGUCCUGCACCACAGAGAGCUCUGCCUUCGUCACGGCGCUGGAGCAGGGGGAGGUCCCUCCUCUCUCUCCACCCUCUCUCUCUCCUCUCCUCUCUCUCCCCUCCCUCUCUCUCUCUCAGGAUGCCCAUCGGUUCGGGGGUCACAUCAGCCAGGCGCUCCUGGACAUCCUGUCUCUGCUGACCGCGGAGGAGCCCAGCCGCAAGGCCAAGAAGGAGCUGUAGAGGGCCGACCCCCGUCCCCCCCGUCCCCCCCUGUCCCCUCGGGCCUGCUCCCAGCGCACAGCGGCCUGAUCCGCUCCAGGUUUUCCGGACUCCCGACCCCCAUCCCUCUGCUGCUCGUGGUAAAACCUGGAGCGGACCGGGUGGCCCGGGAACCUGCUCCGCCGCCUUGGCGUCGGCCUCCGCAUCGGACCGGGGCUCCCCGCGCGCGCGUGCGGUCACUGCCCCCCGAUUCGCCGAGGCCCCGCCAUGUCCGGCGACGACCGCCACGGCGGGUCGCGGUCAUGUGACUGUGCGGCGGGGAGUUUCGGGGCUCGACUCCGGGGGGACGGCAAGAGUCGAGGGGAGCCCGAGCCUCAUCCCGGGAAGUCCGGUCAACUCGUGGGACGGCCAGUCCAGCUGUCCGCACUCUGGAACUACAGGCCUGCUGUCCUCUGAAGAGCCGGCAGGGCCACAGGAGAGCAGGAACACAAGACCACAGACUGGACCGGCGAUCUCUGGACUGUAGGGGUACAGUGUGACCCAGACUG